AUGGGUGGUGCGGGCGGCGCCAAGGCUUACGGCGCGGUGGUUCUGAUCAGGGUCAUGUACUCCGGCAUGCAUAUCAUGAGCAAGAUAGCGCUGGAUCAAGGCAUGAACCCCUUCGUCUUCGUCUUCUACCGGCAUACCACCGCCGCCCUGGUGCUCAUCCCCAUUGCUUUUGCUCUGGAGAGGCAAAAGACUAAACCUGUGACGUUGAGGAUUGCAGGGAAGAUGUUCGUACACGCCUUAUAUGGGGUAACAGCAUGUGGCGUCUUAUUUAACCUUGGUCUCAACUAUGCAUCCGCGACAUCAUCUUCGGCGUUGUACAACGUUCAACCGGUGGUUACCUUCAUUCUGGCGGUCAUAAUUGGGAUGGAGUCUAUGAAACUGAAGAAGCUCCAUGGCAACCUAAAAGUGGCAGGCAUUCUCUGCUGCGUCGCCGGCGUCACGGUGCUGGCCUUCUACGAGGGGCCAAUGUCCAGAUCUUUCAACCAUCACCGGCUCUUCCAGCACGGCAGCAGCAGCAGCAGCUCCUCCGGAGCAGGCACCUACUCCAAGAACCAGUGGGUAUUUGGGAUUUUCCUCAUGACACUCUCCAACAUUCUAGCAGGCUUGUGGACUGUGCUUCAGGGGCCACUGAUAGAGGACACUUCCAAGCUUAUGAAUACCACGCUGCAGAUCUCAUGCGCGUCCGUCCAGGCCUUCGUGGUGGCUGUCGCCGCAGAGAGGGAUUUCUCCAAGUGGAAGAUCGGCUGGAAUAUUAGCCUCGCCGCUAUCAUCUACAGUGGCGUGAUCGUCACCGCGCUUUCGUACUACAUGCAAAUGUGGACGAUCGCCAAGAGGGGGCCGGUGUUCCUCGCCAUGUCCAUGCCUCUCACUCUGAUCUUCACAAUCAUCAUAUCGUCGUUCGUUUUAGGAGAGGCAGUUAGCCUAGGAAGUAUAAUUGCUGGGAUACUACUGAUCGGAGGCCUGUACAACGUCCUGUGGGGGAAAAGCAUGGAGAGAAAAGACGACGACACGAACAAGAUGGGUGGCGGUAAACCUGGCCAGGAGGUGCAAGACAAGGAGCAGGCCCGAGUGCCGGAUGAUGCGGCGGCAAAGGUCUGA